CGAACACACAUUUUCACUCUCUCUCUCUCUCUCUCUCUCUCUCUCUCUCUCUCCAUCACCUCUCUCCUUCUCUCUCUAAAAGCACAGCCAUUACCCCUCUGUGGACUUUCUCUCUCUAAAAAGGAAAUUGGAACUCCAGCACAGCACAGCAGUGUGGACGAAAAACGGCCCCGGCGGAGCUGUAAAUUCGCCAUUGCUUCCAGUUUAGAGGAUGCACCGCGUGGGUAGUGCUGGGAACACGUCCAAUUCUAGCCGUCCUCGUAAGGAGAAGAGAUUGACAUAUGUGUUAAAUUAUGCUGAUGACGAAAAGUCGUCUCUUUAUAUGCAGCACUGUGCAGGUAUAAACUGUUUAGCUCUAUCGAAACCAGCAUCUGAUGGUGGCGAUUACCUCUUCACUGGGAGCCGUGAUGGUACAUUGAAGAGAUGGGAAUUGAACGAAAAUGCGGCAACCUGUUCUGCUACAUUUGAGUCGCAUGUUGAUUGGGUCAAUGAUGCUGUCCUUGCAGGCGAUAAUGUGCUUGUGUCUUGUUCAUCAGACGCAACUCUCAAGGCAUGGAAUUGUUUGUCUGAAGGAACCUGUAUCAGGACUCUCCGGCAGCACUCUGACUAUGUUACUUGUCUUGCUACAGCAAAAAAAAAUAGCAAUGUUGUUGCCUCUGCUGGCCUUGGCGGAGAGGUUUUCAUAUGGGAUCUUGAAGCUGCACUUGCUCCUAUUUCAAAGUCAAAUGAUCCAACAGAAGAUGAUUGUUCAAAUGGUGUCACGAGUGGUGCAAAUCCAUUGCCAGUUGGUACUCUACGGACCAUCGGCUCUAGCAGCAGUAUUUCUGCGCAUCUUAAUCAAUCUUCAGGUUAUGCACCAACUGCUGCCAAAGGCCACAAAGAGUCAGUUUAUGCAUUGGCAAUGAAUGAUACUGGAACACUUCUUGUGUCUGGCGGAACUGAAAAGGUUGUGCGGGUUUGGGAUCCAAGGAGUGGUUUGAAGACUAUGAAGCUAAAAGGGCAUACGGAUAAUAUAAGGGCUCUCAUUAUGGAUCCUACGGGCCGGUAUUGUUUAUCAGGAUCCUCUGAUUCUAUGAUAAGAUUGUGGGAUAUCGGUCAGCAGCGUUGUGUGCAUUCUUAUGCUGUGCAUACAGAUUCUGUUUGGGCACUUGCCAGCACUCCAUCAUUUAGUCACGUCUAUAGUGGAGGGAGGGACAUGUCUUUAUACUUGACAGAUUUGUCAACAAGAGAGAGCUUAUUACUUUGUACCGAGGAACACCCCAUAUUGCAAAUGGCAUUGCAGGAUGAUAACAUAUGGAUUGCGACUACAGAUUCUUCUGUACAUAGAUGGCCUGCUGAAGGACGCAAUCCUCAAAAGGCCUUGCAAAGAGGUGCAUCGUUUUUGGCUGGGAAUUUGUCCUUCUCAAGAGCAAGGGUUUCUCUUGAAGGAUCUACCCUAGUCCCUGUGUUUAAAGAGCCAGAAUUCACAAUUCCUGGUACUCCAGGAAUCGUGCAACAUGAAAUAUUAAAUAAUCGGAGGCAUGUCUUGACUAAGGAUUCAGUCGGUUCAGUAAAGCUUUGGGAGAUUACCAGAGGCAUUGUGGUGGAGGACUAUGGGAAGGUCCCCUUUGAUGAAAAAAAGGAAGAACUAUUUGAGAUGGUAAGCAUACCUGCAUGGUUCUCGGUUGACACAAGGCUUGGUAGCUUGUCUGUCCAUUUGGAUACUCCACAGUGUUUUUCUGCAGAGAUGUAUUCAGCAGACCUUAACAUUUCUGGGAAACCCGAGGAUGAUAAGGUUAAUCUUGCUCGAGAAACACUUAAAGGUCUCCUGACUCAUUGGUUGACCAAAAGAAGGCAGAGACAUGGUUCUCAGGCUUCAUCGACCAAUGGGGACGUGUUGUCUGGGAAGGAUUUUAGUGCUAAAAGUCUUGCCCAUUCGAGGAUAGAGGUUGAUGGCAAUGCUGAGAAUGACUCCAUGGUGUAUCCUCCAUUUGAAUUUUCCACUGUCUCGCCUCCUUCGAUCAUCACUGAAGGUUCUCAGGGAGGUCCAUGGAGGAAAAAAAUAACUGAUUUGGACGGAACUGAAGAUGAGAAGGACAUUCCUUGGUGGUGUAUUGAUUGUGUGGUGAAUUGUCGUUUGCCACCGAGAGAAAAUAUAAAGUGCAGUUUUUACUUGCAUCCUUGCGAAGGUUCCACUGUUCAGAUACUCACACAAGGAAAACUCAGCGCGCCUCGGAUAUUGAGGAUACACAAAGUAAGUUUGCUAGAUGCAGCAAAACAUAUAUGGGUUGUAAAUUAUGUCAUAGAAAAGAUGGUCCUUGAUAAACCAAUGGACAAUAUAAGCAGUGAAGGAACAUUUGGAGGGCCGUUACAACAUUCUGCCAUUGGUGAUGGAUCUGGAUUAAAGCCAAUUCCGAAAUUUAAACCCUUGAUAGAAAUUUUGUGCAAUAAUCAGGUUUUACCCCCGGACAUGAGCUUAGCCACUGUAAGGGCAUAUAUAUGGAAGAAACCAGAGGACCUCGUAUUAAACUAUAGAGUGGUUCAGCCGAAGUGAUUUGUUGUCUCAUUAUAGGGAGGCUUAUUAGAUGGAGAGUAGUUUUUUUAGAUCUUGUGGAGUGGCCUGAGACUUCUUGCAACAAUUUCUCACCGUCAUCACGAUUCUAAGCAACGUGUCUGUAAAUUACGGACCCUGGUUGUUUGAUGAGCCCAGCUGCUGCACAUUACGAACUAGGUAAAGAGCUCAAGCCUAAGUACUUCUCCUGGAAAAGACUGGUGCUGCCAAUCCCGAACUUUUUCUGUGGUUGACAUCUUCUUUGGAGAUUGAAGGGUUAUUUUUUGACACUUGGUGGAGAAGGGUACAGAUGUCUUUUUCUUUUUCCCCCCAGGAAAUCUCCCGGUGGGAGAACAAGGAUUAGAAUGCAAACAGCUUUGUAAGAUUUGUGUUGUGGGGUGCAACGAAUAGUCGAAGUUCUGUCAUUUUAAAUUGUCUAUGGAAAUAAAAAAUGUGCAUUUGACAGUCAAAAUAGUCAUUCUAGAUAUUAGAUCGUUCUGCGUUCUUUGCUGUCCUGUAUAAAAAGGCUUUUGUAUAGGUACGAGCAAUAUCGGAGUGAGAACUUGUUGGCCUGCUUUAAGUUCGAUCAUUUCUGAGGUUAUGCCACCAUGUUUUCUUGUA